AUUGGUCCACCGAGCAGACACACGUAGGCGGCGCGUAUAGCCCGACCGACCAACCCCCUUUUCCCCCGGCAGACUGAGAGCCGGCGAGCGGCGGGACAGCCGAGCAGCCACGACCCGCUGCUGUGCUCCGACGGGACGGACAGGACACAGAGAGGGCUCCGGCGGCCAGGAAGGUGCGACACUGUGCUGAGUCCCCUCACUGUGUGCAGCGGCACCAUGGCAGCUAUGGGACCUGAGGACAGAGCAGGCGCGGGGCCAGGAGGGACAGCGGCCUGCCCGUUGGGAGCACAGGCCCGCAUCUCUACGACGACACACAACGGGCCAGACACACAGCAGACUCUGGUGUACACGCAGAGUUAUGUCCAGGCUGAGAAAGCAUUCAUGGAGAGCGAGCAUCACAAGAACAAGACAUCAGGAUGGAGUCACCUGCAAACCAUGGCACCCACAAUGCACCACGGCAACACGUCAGCCACCGGAGAGCCGCCGUACAGUUUCCGCAGCCCAGAGUCAGUGGAGAUGGAUGAGAUCAUGGCAGCGAUGGUCCUGACCAGUCUGUCCUGUAGCCCCGUGGUCCAGAGCCCCCCACAAACAGAUACUGUACAAGCUGGCUCGUCAUCGUCAGCUGACAUGGAGUGCGGCGGCGGCGAGCUCUCUGACAGCGGCAGCAGUGGAUACUGGAGUUGGGACCACGGCAACGUGAGCCCGGCCCCCUCGCCGUCCGUCACCGAGAUGGACAGCAGCCCCGAUGAAGGCUUACAUAUGGAGCUAGAGCAGCCAGACGAGGUUAAUGCCAAAAAGCCAAAGAGCUCUUUCAGAGGCGUGUAUAAGUGUCUGUGGCCCAGUUGUGGCAAAGUGCUCACGUCUUCAGUAGGAAUAAAAAGGCACAUCCGGGUGCUGCAUCUGGGCAGUGGGUCAGACCAGUCGCAGAGAGAAGAAGACUUCUACUACACUAAGAUCUCAUGUGAGACGGUGGACGCCAGCUCCGCUCCGGCUCCCUCCCAGCAGGCUCUGGGCCAGGCCUCGUCCUCUCAUCUCAGCUGGGCCUCCUGCGGUUCUCCUCCGGGCUCGGGGCUCCAGAUCCCGCCGGCGCACAGGCCCAGGUCCAACUCCACCUCUGGGCCAGGCCCGAGCAGGCCCAGUCCGCUCAGCCAGUCGGCCCCCAGCAGCUUCUGGCAGAUCCACUCAGAGCAUCUCUAUCAGGCCUGUAGCCCCGUCCAGGUAUCGGUGGUCUCCAGAACCCCCGGCUGCCAGGGCUCCACCUCCGUCUCUGUCCCCAGUCAAAGUAACGCUCCGAUGGUGAAACCUCGCUGUCGGUCUGUCAGCGUCGGGGAGCAGUGGCUCCAACAGAACAGGCUUCAGCCGCUGAGUGCGUCGCCCUCCCGCACUCACUGCACCUUCAGGAAGGGUCGUGGAGAGGCCAAAAAGUGCCGCAAGGUGUACGGAGUGGAGCGCAAGGAUCAGUGGUGCACCGCCUGCCGCUGGAAAAAAGCCUGCCAGCGCUUCCCUGACUAAAAACAGCAGCGUGAUUGAGAGAGUCAGAUACAGCGAGGUGGAUGGAUGGAUGGAUGUGGAUGGAUGACUGGAUGGAUGACUGAUGAAAAAAAGAGACUUUUUAAAAAAAAAAAAGAAAAGAGGAUAUAGACGUAUAAAUCAGGGCCUGAGAGCCAUCAAGAAAAACAGCUGUUCUUUUAAUACAUGUGGUUUCUUUUUUACUUUCAACCUGUUUUGUUUCUUUUCCUAAAGGAAUGCAAAUGGAGUUUUUUCUGUAUCUUUGUAACUCGACCCUGAGAACUGAAGUCUGCGAUGGUGCUAACUGUUGGCUGACUUUGACCAUGUGAUGUGCUAAGCCUACAAUACUCUCCUACUUUAUCCAAAGGUCAUAUUACUGCCCCUGUAGCUCCACUGUAUUAGACUGCUACUUGGCUGUUUCUUUUCUUCCAACCCUCUCUCUUCCAGUGGUUACACAGUGGUUAUGAUGUACAUUAUAUUGUGUGCUUUGAGUUACGUACGAGUAUUUUAUACAGUUUUUUUUUUUUUUUUUGUUAAUGGUCUGGUUCAGCCUGAGUAUUGGGCCGAUUCUUUUUUUUUUUUUUUUUUUUUUUUGUAAUUUUCAUGUUUUUUGGCACUUUGUUGGAAUAUACAUUCACAAGAAUAAGCUACAUUUGGUUUGACUCAACCAAGAUCCCUCCAUGAAAUGGAUUUCCUUCCUGCCCAUGUGUUGGUAUACAACCAGUGUUAAUGGUUUUAUCAGUGAAGCUUUGGAAUCAUGGUGAUGGGACUAGCA